ACAGUAGUUGUAUCCAGCUUCAACCUACACCACCAUGAACUGCAUUUUCGUAACUCUCUUCGCCGCUUUGGCCAUCAGCGCCACUAGCGCGUCAGUCGUAGGAUUGGGAGGCCUUGGCUGGGGUGGUCUUGGCUUGGGUGGCCAUGGAUUGGUAGGUGUCAACCCAUGGGCCCUCAGCCCCGUAGGACCCUCUGGAAUAGUCACCGGAGCCGGAGCUGCUGGUCCAUCUGGUGUAGUUACCGGAGCUGGAGCUGCUGGACCUUCUGGAAUCGUAACUGGAGCUGGAGCUGUUGGACCCACUGGACCCAAUGGAGUUGGAAUUGGUGUCGGUAUACUUGGUCUUGGAGGUCUUGGUCUAGGCCAUGGUGGUCUUGGACUUGCUGGUAUCCACGGUUAGAUGACGUAUUAAUGGACUGCUUCAGUGUUACUUAUCUAGAAUGAAUUUUGCUCCAUUCCAUAGAGUGAAUAUUUAUAUUUUGUGAAAAAUAUUUUAUGUGAAUAAAUUUUUUUGACUGAAUGUAUUCUUAUUUUUCUGCC